AAACCCAGAUUAGCAAUUUCAUUGGAGUUUUGAAUGGAUGAACUAGAAGAGAAGUCUUUUUUAGUUUUUUCAGAAAAUAUGUGAAGAUAAGCAGAAGAAUCAAGUAGUUUCCAGUCAGAAAGUUACGUCUCAGUGAAGGCGGAGCGUCGUCACUUUCGACAAGCCGACACAAACGCGGCAUUUGAAAAUUUUGAAGCUUUGUUUUUUAAACUUCUAGUUUAAGAAAGGUAAAAUGACAGCUGCAGUGGCACACGCUGGAACAGUUCUGCCUGGUCAGGAUCUCCACUGCUUCGUUUGCGAUGUCGCAGUUUCUGGUCGAUACUACACGCUAGCAACAUGUCGCACUCAAAGUACGAAAGUCAGGCUCAUUGAAAAGCUAGGACAGUUAGUUGGUGAAAGGUACAUGGUUGUCAUAUCAGAGGAUGAUAUAAUUUGUCGUGGUUGUGCUACUCUUAUUAACACACUUGAUCGCUUGGAAACUGAAAUGGGUUCUGUGCGUGGAGUAGUUUUACGGUUCCUAGAAAAGAAGUAUGCAUUAGAAGAAGGAGAACUUGUCAACAGUAAACCUACUGGUGCUCCAGCUCCACCACCCCAAAUUACUCCUUCAGCAAAUCCAGCAAGAGAACACAAACAAGAAAUGAAUCGGAAGAGAAAAGCCAUGAGUACUGAUGGAGAGAGUGAUGGGGAAGGCAAUAGCAGUGAUCACAAGAAGAACUCAAAAUCUGACACAUGGAUGCAGUGCAACAAGUGCAAAUACACUACUGAUUAUAAUGCUUUCUUGGUUCAUCAUGUCCGACAACAACAUAAAAAGAAAGAUCCGAGUCCUGCUGGACAAGAAGAGUCAGGAGAAAAUGAGAAGCAAGUUAUAAAGCGGUUUAAAACUGAAUCUGGCAAUGAAGUUGAUGUACAUGAAAACAAUGGUAUGUCCAAAUUGGAAAAUUUGGAUUCUGGUGAAGCUGAAACUGUGGAAAUGAUAGCCGCUGAAAUAAAUAAUAUGAGUGAGCCGUCGCGGAAUCAUAUUGACAGUAACAAUGGAAUGGUCUUAGCAACAGUCUCACAGUCCCAAAAUGAUGAUGGAACAACCUCAAUUGUAAUGACUCAGGGAGAGGAUGGCCAACUAAGAGCCUUGACUGAUGGUGAUAACAAUGAUGCUAUGACAAUAGAAGUUUCAGGCAUGGUCAUGCAGGGUGUUGAAGGCGUCGAGGGUGAAACUAUGUGCAUGAUGCCAAUCACAGAUGAGACAACGGGCGAACACAUUGAAGGUUCUGAGGAUGGAAAUGUAUAUGUUCAUGUGGUUGAUAUGUCAGGAGAAGAAGUUGGCCAGUUACCUCCUGGUUCUGUGGGCAAUGUUGCACGAGUAAAUGAUGACGGAACUGUUGAAAUGGUCCAAGUUAUGUGGGAUCAAAUGGUUGACAAUGCUGAUGGAGAUCCUGAUCAAGGUCAAGAAUUUACACUUGAGUAGUUUUGAAAUAAGGCAUGAUAAUGAAUGAUCAAGUGAAUUUAGUGGCAGAGUGCUGAGUUUCCAGAAUUGUAAUAUGUCUUUGACUUAAAUCUUUGUUACUUAUAAUUUUUGUAAGUACUUUUUUAAUUGUCUGUAAAUUGAUUAGGCUCUACAAUUGUAUUUUAUCAAGAUUGUGUGAUGUUCAUAAUUUCCUAGUGCAAAGAAAAACAAAACUUUAGAACUUGUUUGUAAGUGCAUUGCUUAUUUUGCUUUGUUUAUAGGCAGCGAGGAAGUAUCUGUUUCUUUUUUUUAAAUGUAUGCUCCCUUUCAUACAAAUAUGA